GGGGGGGGGGGGGGGGGUGUGUGUGUGGAAAACUGGGCUUUUUUAGUCAGUUAACUGCCUUGCCUCGGGAAGAUGUAAAGAUUCCACCUCACCUGUUUCAUUAGAAAGCCACUUUCUUGCCCUGAUUGUCCUGUAAGAUUUCUAUUUGUUGGCAGUUAUCAAACACAUUAAAACUUGAUGAAAACACUGCUGAUUAAUCUUACUGGUAUGUCCAUUGUUCCAUUGUGAGUCAAUACCAGCAAUAAUGCGUCAUGGUAUUCCACGCAGCAAUAGGUAUGUACAUCUUGUUUGUCCAGCCAUCCAACAACUACUAUGACUGAUUGAGGUAUGGCCUGCAACUCAAUCCUUCCUUCCUGUGUCAUACAGUAAUUACAGCGUUGGUUUGUGUGGUAAACUGGUGUGGAGGUACAUGCUUCAGUGUGUCAGUCAGUGAAGAGGACAGAUGUGUUGCAGCAACUGUCAGGCUCCUCAUGGAGCUAGAUCUCUACACUAGUGUCAGGCUCCUCAUGGAGCUAGAUCUCUACACACCUGUCAGGCUCCUCAUGGAGCUAGAUCUCUACACAACUGUCAGGCUUCUCAUGGAGCUAGAUCUCUACACAACUGUCAGGCUCCUCAUGGAGCUAGAUCUCUACACUAGUGUCAGGCUCCUCAUGGAGCUAGAUCUCUACACAACUGUCAGGCUCCUCAAGGGGCUAGAUCUCUACACAACUGUCAGGCUCCUCAUGGAGCUAGAUCUCUACACUAGUGUCAGGCUUCUCAUGGAGCUAGAUCUCUACACAACUGUCAGGCUCCUCAUGGAGCUAGAUCUCUACACAACUGUCAGGCUCCUCAUGGAGCUAGUUCUCUACACAACUGUCAGGCUUCUCAUGGAGCUAGAUCUCUACACAACUGUCAGGCUCCUCAUGGAGCUAGUUCUCUACACAACUGUCAGGCUUCUCAUGGAGCUAGAUCUCUACACAACUGUCAGGCUCCUCAUGGAGCUAGAUCUCUACACUAGUGUCAGGCUCCUCAUGGAGCUAGAUCUCUACACAACUGUCAGGCUCCUCAAGGGGCUAGAUCUCUACACAACUGUCAGGCUCCUCAUGGAGCUAGAUCUCUACACUAGUGUCAGGCUUCUCAUGGAGCUAGAUCUCUACACAACUGUCAGGCUCCUCAUGGAGCUAGAUCUCUACACAACUGUCAGGCUCCUCAUGGAGCUAGUUCUCUACACAACUGUCAGGCUUCUCAUGGAGCUAGAUCUCUACACACCUGUCAGGCUCCUCAUGGAGCUAGAUCUCUACACAACUGUCAGGCUCCUCAAGGGGCUAGAUCUCUACACACCUGUCAGGCUCCUCAUGGAGCUAGUUCUCUAUACAACUUCACAAUACGGCUGAGACACUGCCGAUGUGGCGUUAAAUAUUAACUCACUCACUCUCUAUACAACUAGCAUACUCCUCUUGGUUUUUUUGGAUCCAUCAAUUAUUCUGUUGAAUUAGCUAAGCAUGUGUUUAACACUAUAUUUUGAUUAUAUCUGUUAUGAACUGACCUUCCUUUCAUCAUGUUUGUGAUGUCUGUAUCAUAAGGUGCGUGGGCCAGGGGCAUAUUAUAACUCUGAUCUUUGUAUCCUCAUGCAGUGCUUCAUCAUAAAAAGGGAUCAACUUGGAGCUACAUUGAGCAUGUUGAGCGUGCUUUAUGAACACUUGGCAGAUAGCUCUAAUAGCUUAUCUGCAUCUUGGUGUGACCCUCGAGGCUCCUAUUUUUAAUCUUAGCAUCCCAUGGUGUAUUUCAUUAGCUAAAUCUCAGAACUCUCAGUUCUAUAAUUUGAUGGUCAAAAUUUAUGUUCUAAGAUGCCCUAAUGUAAUGUUGUAUGUUUUUUUUGUUGAAGAGUUUUUGACACAAUCUUAUUAUUUUCUUGUGAUCUUGAAACACUGGCUAAUUAUCAUCAUUUAAAAAAAAUAAGGAUUUCUUCUGACCUUUUUUUGGCUUAAAUUUGGACCGAUGUUGAUGGCAUUUAUAUCCCUGUCCUGUGUUGUGAUAUCGGCAUGAAAUGUCAGAAAAUCCCAAUAUGGCUGAUAAAAGAUUCAGCUGAAUAGAUCAUGAUAAUAAUCCAUCUAUUAUUUAUCACAUAUAUUUAUACAUCAUAAACAUGAUGCAAUGCAAAGAAGACAAAGAACCAGUCUCAGAAUGGCUUCUAGUAGCAUGUUAUACAUUUAUUAGAUAAGGAGAUAAUCAAUGUACACAUGGAUAAAAGAAAAUCUAUUUCAUGUGAAAUGUGAAUUUGUUUUUGUAUUUACAUGUGCAAAAACAUUAAAGUCAUGGACAAUUUA